UUUAGGUGCAUGGAGUGACAGUCAUGGAAGAAAACGUAAACCUUUGAUUUUCUUACCAAUAACAACACAGAUACUAACAGAUGGUUUAUUCUUUGUUAUGAGCUGUUGGAGCUACUUGAGUUAUAAUUAUGAUUUCUUAAGAUGGAUAAUUCCUGCAAUUUACGUUGGUCGAAAUAUUUUCUGGAUUGGUGUGAUGUCAUAUGUAUCAGAAAAUUCAACUGUUGAAUCAAGAACUUUAAAACAUGGAAUAAUAAUUGCAACUUAUCCUAUAAGUUCGUUAAUGGGUGCGGGAUUGGUUGCAUUAUUAAAAUAUAUAAACAUACCAUAUGGUUAUAGAAAUUUUCUGUUUUUGGUACCAAUGCUGUUGAAUUAUAUUGCGYUGUCGGUUGUCAAUUUGCACGUUAAGGACACAUCUAGCUCUCCCAAUAGAGACAUUUUAUGGAAGAGACCAAAAUAUGUUCUUAAAGAGUUUACCGAUUUAUUUCAGGAUAAGUUAAAGAGUUCUGCUGUUAUAUUAGCUAUAUUGAUAAUAUGUCAAUCAAUAAUAGUAACAAGAAUAGAAUGUGAUAAUAAUUUAAUAAUGUCGUAUGUAAUAACAUCGUUUAUGUGGCGUGAUUUUGAGGAAGUUUGUUUUGGCGUUUUGAAAAUGCUGGCUAUAUUUUUCGGAACUAUAUUAUCGGUUUCGGUUUUAAGUCAUCAAAUGAAAAUAAACGAUUUACUAAUUAGUAUUUCAAUUUGCUGCUUUUAUAUCAUAGCUGCUGUAUGCUACAUUUUUUCAAAUCAAUUUUUUAAAAUAUUUUUGAUUACAAUAAUUUAUUUAUGCCAUGGAACAGCGGUCACUAUCAUUAGUUCGUUAACAUCUAAAUUGGUGCCAAUCGAACAGCUCGGCCGUUUAAAUGCCAUACAAAUGUGUAUGAACUCUUUAUUUACUCUUAGUGUAGUUAGUGCUUAUCAAUAUGCAUUUGAACCCAUUCAUUAUAAUGAACUUGGACAUUUGUGUUUGUUCAAUAUAUUGUAUGCCGUUUUGACUUUGCCUAUAUUAUAUGUAUUUGUGAUUUUGUAUUUAAAAUACAAACAUUUUUGGCAAAACGAUACCAUUGCAGAAAAACGAUGUAAUGUUUACGUUAUAAGUUAAUAAUGUUUUAAUAUUAUUUUCUAUUUUAUUUGUGGAAAUUUAAUACGUAUAACUGCUGUCAUUUUUGUAAAAAGAAGKAAUGUCAUAUCAUUUAUUUAAUUUGUGCGUUGAAUUGWUAAUUGUUAUUUUUUUAUUU